AUGCUGGGAUCAAAGAUCCUCAAGCGCUGCAAGGCGCGUCUGAGCCUUGUCAGACAGCUCAGACAGCGUCACAGUCUUACCCAUAACAACAAAACCACCGCACACUCUGGGUCGUCCGGACCGUCUCUCAUGCAGUUCGAUGGAGCCGGCGAUCUUGAUAUCGAGCCUAUCAACCUCGACAGUGAUGAUAACAACGAAAUCACCACACCUACUGGAUCUCUCGAAACAUCUCCUCUGCAGGCAGACGGACCUGGUAAUUCCGAUGUCGCCCCUCUCAACCUCGAUGGCGGCAACAACAACGAAAACAAUACACCCUCUGGAUCUUUCGGAGCAUCUCUUCUGCAGGCGAAUGCACCUGGCAAUCUCGAUAUUGACCCUUUCAACCUCGAUGGCGGCAGCAACAACAACGAAAACACUACACCCUCUGAAUCUUCCGAACUGUUCCUUAUGCAAGCGGAUGGGCCUGGCGAUCUGGAAGUCAACUCUUUCAACCCCAGCGGUUCCGAUGAGAAUUUUGAUAACUUCAUCAAUGAAAGUCUUGGGACUGCUGUCAGUGACAACGAUGUGCUCAACGCUACGGGUGAAUCCGUGACGUGGCCGCUUACUAACGUGGUUCUCCCAGACGAGGCUGGAUCUAAUGGUGAUGAACUCCACACAAGCAGCCCAAACGCCACUGAACAUACUGGAAGUGGGACAAACAGUGCUGAGAGCGUUGAAACUGCUCAGCCCGUGCAGCCCAAUGAACCAGUUCCCAACCACUGGGGCAGCUCUGCUAGAAUUAUUGACAUCACUGAUGUCAGUGACGCCGAGGAAUGGCCUGCUGAAAUGAUUCCAACGAACCCUUCGGUGGAGCUCGGCACCCAGUCGUCAUCGGAGCCAGUCCACCCGAAUUCAAACUACGCAUUGCAGCAAGUGGUCGCCAGCGGCUCCUCACACAAUGUGGAAGGCGACUACGGGCAGCCUGGUCAUCAGGAUCCCGGUAGUGUGCUGUACGGCAACUCUGAUAUGUUUGGGGUUCAAGGUACUUCUGCAUUCGCGGGUGGUAGCAAUGCCGAGUACUUGCCAUUCGGGACUUGGUAUUCUGUGGCGUCGAACCCGUUCAUGGCUGAGGCUAACCCAGCAUCAGCUGGGCAAAUUCCGCCCUUGGCUCCUGCUCAGACGUUUGGUCGCGUCCCGGCCAACGCAAUCCUCCGGCAGGCAAUAGAAAAUAGCAGAAAGCGUAACUAUGAGGCGUUGAACGCUGUUGUUCAGAGUUCCAACAACGUCGCUAGUGGCUUAGGCAUCGCUGCUGAUGGCUCAAGCUCGCUGGCUGAUCGUCAUGCUGACCUUGCGCGACCCACCAAGAGGGCGAAGCUUAACAAGAAAGAGAUAGACGCGAUGAGGGCCAAACGCGACAGGGUAAAGAACAAGGGCAAGUCUACUCGGAGAGGCCAAGGGGGCAGAGGGGGCAGAGGGGGUAGAGGGGGCAGAGGCGGCAGAGGCGGCAGAGGCGGCAAACGCAAUGGUAAACAGGAAGCUGAGUUGAAGGAGGAAUCAUCCCCUGAGCCAGAGAGUGAACCGGGGCCCAUUCCUGAGCCGGAGCGCUUCAAGGUUAAAGAUAAAAAGUUUUGGAACUCCUUGGAUCCCAACUCCCGCGGAGUUCGCCCCGCAAACUUCCCAGAUAUCGACAGACUUCUCAACCCAACCAACGACAUACCACAGGCCACCAUAUAUGAUUCCGCGAGGGAGGCGCGUGCUGACCACGUGGCCGAUAGCGACAUCGAGGUCGACGAUACUAUCCCCAAAACGCACGCGGCCAAGAAGGCUAUCGUGGUGGCGUUGACCGAUUUGAUGAUGGACAAUUCUUGGGCGCAGGACGGCACAAAAGCCUUGAAAAGCUGGAUCCGCGUCGAGCACCCCAGGCAUGUGAUGGAAAAAGCCGCCUGGGAGCUACUGGAAGCACUGAUUCGUCGCAAUACCAACGGUCCAGAGCUCCUCUAUUAUGACUAUUUGAAGUUCCCAACUCCGCCCAAAUGGAUGAGUUUCAGAGAUAGACUUUCCAAGAUUAUGGAGGCCCUGGUCUACCACAAGGCUGUGCUCAAGCACAUUCUUGAUCCUGAGUACAUGAACCUUCUCGUGGAGGACCCGGUUGGCAGCCUUUACCGCGUCCGCGAAAACAAACACGUGAACCGUAAGAAGGCUCAAUUGAUUCGUGCGGCACAGGAGGCCCUCAAGAAGGAACAGGAGGAGGCUCUUAUAGCUCAAGCCUUGGGCCAGGCGCCCGUUGAAGAGGGACUCGUUGAAGAGGGACUCGUUGAAGAGGGACUCGUUCUCGACAACGAUGAGUACUCCGCGGACGAUGAAGAAUCUGUAGAUGAGUCUAUUGACCUGGAAAGCCCGCCUACCUCGCCUCCUCUCGCGACCGCGGGACCUUCCUCGGAGAAGGGCAAUGGCGCCACCAAUGCCAACGGCAGCACUCCCCAGGUACCUGUGGCCAACUCCGCUGUGCAGAAUGGCAUUGCAGGCGCCUUUGUUCCGGCAGGAAUGGGUCUGGACGAUCUUGAAAACCUCAUGGGUGAACCCUCUUUUACUGCUGGAGGCAACGCGGCCGCGGAUUCCCUGUUCCCCAUCGCGGACCCCCACCUCCCCUUCAUGGCUACAGCCCCUGCUGCGCACAAUGCGAUGCCCGGAAGCCUCCAGGAUUUUCUGGACCCCUGGAUGGGUAAUCUUCCAUUGGUCCCUUUCGGGGCACAGCCCAUCGACCCAGCCUACGUUGAUCCCGGCAACAUGACACAGGGCGGCAACAUGGCACAGGGCGGCAACAUGGCACAGGGCAACAACUUCCAGCCAAACAUCCAGUCCUUGAACGGUCUCAACCAGGGCAAUAUGGCAGCUCCUCCCCAGAACAACAUGCAGACCGUCGAUCCUCGCAUGAUUAUGGCGCAGAACAGCCUCGUGCCCGCGGGCCGCACCAUCCAACGCCCCCAGCACGGACAGAUGCAGAAAGCCAUGGGCCGAGACGCUGCUGAUCCGAACAUGUGCAACUCCCACACCAGCACGAAUGCAUUGGGUCCUCUCCCGGAUUAUAUCGUCCCCAUGCCCUUGAUCGAUCUGAGCAGAAGGCAUGCAGGCCCUACGAUCUCCCCCUGCCAAGAGGGCGUCACCGAUUAUCUGCAGGGAGUGGACCCUGCGGUCUGCGCGUGGGUGGAAAGCCCUGCGCCUAGACGUGCUGCCCCUCAAAACAAUGCAGCUGCCCCUCCACCUCGAGCCGCCCUGCCCCAAACUGAGCGUGCUAGGGUUGAGGGUGUCUUUCUGGAUAUCAAAAAGCGCAAGCAGGCGGAGGCGGGCAUUCAGGAUGAUUCUCCGCGCCGCAAGCGUAAGCAGUAG